AUGUCUGCCGUUGACAGCAUUAGUCUCAUCGAAACAAGACUUAAUGAAGAGAACGCAAAUCUUCAGACAAAAUAUGCAAUUCUAUCAGAAUUAUGUGAUAUCCUUGAUGGUGGGUCCAGAGAGGAGUAUGAAUUGUUUAUGAGUAAGAUUGUUCCUAUCCUUUUAGUCAAUUUAAAUGAGAUACCAAUAUCAUUAAAUAAGAUAUCUACCGAACAUAAAUUGAGAUACUUUAUUUUGGACAUCUUAAACAGAUUUUUAAUGGCACAAGCCGCGGAUGAGGAUGUUCAUAAGAUUUUAGAUAUACUACUGAAGAUUUUACCUGAAGAAAACGAAGAAAACGGUGUUUUAUGUAUGAAGAUUCUUACUGUAUUAUUCAAGUCUUACAAAAAUACUUUACAAGAGAAAGUUGAACAAUUUAUUACUAUAAUUAUCCAAUUUUAUAAGAAUGCCCCAGAAUUGGUAAAAAAAGAAUUCGAAUCUGAUGAGUCCAAUGAUGGUAUAAUUUCAGAUGCUGACACGAGUGAUCAUAAUUUACUUGAUCCUGAUGUCGAUGAAGAGAAAGAGGAAAUCUCGAAGUCUGACGAUGAAAUCCAGAAUAACGGAAUAAACGGCGACUUAGACAGCAACAGUACUUCCGUUUUAAGAACAACAAUGUUUUCCUUUAAAAUUCUGUCCGAAUGCCCUAUAACAAUGGUCACUUUAUAUUCUUCUUACAAAAAUUUAACAAGUUCAUCACUGCUAGAAUUUACACCAUUAGUCAUGGAAUUAUUAAGAACAGAAGUAGACCAACAGAAAGAAGCUCGUCGAAAGGCAGAAGCAAAUGGUAGGAGACUAACAUCUGUUACCUCGGAAAUCAAGAAUAGAAUAACUUACAGCGAAUUGAUUCUUGCACAAAUAAAAGCCACCUCAUUUCUGGCGUAUGUUUUUAUUAGAGGAUAUGCUUCUGAAUAUUUAAGUGAAAAUGCUGAACUAGUGCCUGAUUUAAUAGUUAGACUGUUACAAGAUUGUCCAUCCGAACUAUCAUCUGCCAGAAAAGAAUUACUUCACGCUACCAGACACAUUUUAUCGACAAACUACAAAUCUUUAUUUUUAAAGAAACUAGAUUAUUUAUUUGACGAAGAUGUUUUAAUUGGUCAUGGAUUCACCACUCAUGAGGUACUAAGACCCUUGGCAUAUAGUACCGUUGCAGAUUUCAUCCACAAUAUUAGAUCAGAAUUACAGUUAAACGAUAUUGAAAGGACAAUUAAAAUGUACACUGGUUAUCUAUUAGAUGAAUCACUAGCCUUAACUGUCCAAAUUAUGAGUGCUAAAUUAUUGCUAAAUUUAGUAGAAAGAAUUCUCAAGUUAGGAAAGGAAGAGCCAACUGACGCCCCCAAGGCUAAGAAAUUAUUGAUGGUGAUUAUUGACGCAUACACCAAGAGAUUCAAGAUGUUGAAUAGACAAUAUGGCUCAAUCAUGGAACACCACAAGGCAUACACCAAAAACAAAUUAGAGAAAGUUAAAUUAGCCCAAAAAUCUUUGAAGACUGAAGAUAUCAACCCUGACACCCAAAUGAAGGAUAUAUUUGGCGAUUCAACCGACAAAUCAACAGUGAUAGCUAAAUCAAACGACGAGGUCAAUUGCGAAAAGAAUAAUACGAGUGAUGAUAAAGACGGCGACACCAAUAUGGAAAAUGAUGAGAAUGCUACAAAUAAAUCACAAGUUGUUUUGGAUAUUUAUAACAUCAAUGAGUAUUACCCCAUUCUUCUUGCCCCUGUGUCAAGUGGUGACCCAAUUAAAGAUGCCUUUUAUCUUUACCGUACAUUAAUGUCCUUUUUGAAAACUAUAAUCCAUGAUCUAAAGGUAUUUAAUCCACCACACAAUGACUAUACUGCAGCACACGCCAAACUGUGGACCUCUGUUUCUAGAGGAUUUUAUUAUGAAGAAGUUUUAAUGUUUAGAGAGCUGUUCCAUGAAUGUGUAGUUGGAUUAAAAUUUUUUGCAAGUACGAAUGAAAAAGCUAUUGUACAUCCCAAAAAGCACUUUGACAUCGCUAUGCCUAGCCUCCCAGUUUCUGCUACAAAGGAUGGUCGUGAAUUGAUGGAUUAUCUGGCAUUUAUGUUUCUACAAAUGGAUAGUUCGACAUUCAAUGAAAUCAUCGAAGCUGAGAUUGAUUUCAUAUAUGAGCGUAUGUUGGAAGAUUCCGCUUUGCUACAUAUAGCCCAAUCAUUUUUAACGAAUGAGCUAACUUCACCGAACUUUGCUAGCAUAAUACUUAGAUUUUUGAAAUCAAAACUAAAAGACCUUGGAAAUGUCGAUUUUAAUGAGUCUAAUAUCCUUAUCCGUUUAUUUAAAUUGUCAUUCAUGUCAGUUAAUUUAUUUCCAAACACUAAUGAACUUGUAUUAUUACCACAUUUAAAUGAUUUAAUUUUAGACUCAUUAAAAUAUUCCACAACUACAAAGGAGCCACUCGUAUAUUUCUAUCUUAUUAGAACUCUAUUUAGAAGCAUUGGUGGGGGUAGAUUUGAAAAUCUAUAUAGAUCUAUCAAGCCCAUAUUACAAGUUCUACUUCAGUCACUAAACGAAAUGAUACCCACAGCAAGAUAUCCACAUGAAAGAGAGCUAUAUGUUGAAUUAUGCAUCACCGUGCCUGUCAGGUUGAGUGUUCUUGCACCUUAUUUACCAUUUCUGAUGAAACCAUUAGUGUUUGCUCUACAGGGGCAUGCAGAACUGAUAUCUCAAGGGUUAAGAACUCUAGAGUUGUGUAUCGAUAACCUGACUGCUGAAUACUUUGAUCCAAUAAUCGAACCAGUGAUCGAGGAUGUAACCAAAGCUCUGUUUAAACUAUUGAAACCACAACCUUACAAUCAUACAAUUAGCCAUACUACAGUGAAAAUUCUAAGUAAACUUGGGGGUAGAAAUCGUCGUUUCCUAAGAGCCCCUCAUGACUUAAAAGAGGGCAAUGAGCUAGACCUAGAGAUAAAUGCUUUAUUUAAGGUCAAUGGCUUGACCGAAGAUAUCCCGCUAUCUGUUACACCUGCAAUUAAAACGGCGUUAGAUACAUUAGAAAAUUAUAAAUCAAGUGUUGAAUAUAAAAGAAGUGCUUUUAAUUAUAUAUCAAAAGUUUUGUUAUUGUUUAUCAAACCUUCAACAGACUUCCCAGAAUCUUAUGUUAGUGAUAUCAAAGAAGCAUCAAGGAUUUAUCAAAUAGAAAAAUUUAAAGUUCCUGCGGAUUAUAAUAUUUAUCCUGUUGUUGACCGUAACACCUUCUCUAAACAAGAGGAAUUGGUUGUGAAACUUUUGGAAGCCCUGUUUUUAACUACAUCUAUAGACGAAUUAAGAGAAGAAGCUACUGCCAUUAUUAAUCAUGUUGUGGACCAUUUCUGCCUAUUACAGGUCAACAAUACCCUGCUUAGAAAGAGACAUAUUAGCAAUACAUUUAACCUUGAUAUAAAGCUUCCUGACCUAUCAUUCAAUAGUAACAUUCUAGUUACGGCCGUUUCCACAGCUCUAUCGUGUUACAUGCUCCCUGUCAGAGAAGCUGCUAUCAACGGAAUUAAGAGAAUUAACAAAAGAUGUAUGAUAAUUUACGAAGAAAAAUCUGUAUUCCAAUUUUCUCUGCUUUAUGAUUUGAUGAAGCAAUUUAUGCAUGAUUGUUAUAAGGAGAAGUUUUAUGAGAAAAAAGCGGGUAUAAUUGGUAUAAAAACGCUUAUAGAAGAAACGUGUGUAUCAGCAGAGGUACUGAAAAAACUCCAACCAGACUUAGUAGCCGGAUUUUUGUUUGUGCUCAAGGAUACUCCAGUCGGUGCACCUGCCACAAUCACUGAAGGUGCUGAAGAGUUACUGAAUCAGAUAUUAGUGCUAACAUUCGAUAAUGUCACGGAAGCUGAUCUUGAACUGAAAGGUAUUCAACAUACGUUAACUGAUAUUGUCUGCGAAUUAGGGAAUCCAAAUGAAAAAGUUAGAAAAAUAUGCCAAUCGAACCUUUCGAUCAUCAGUGAGAAAACUGACAUUCCUAUUGUUAAAUUAAUGGAUAAAUCCAAAAAUUUUCUUCUUUCACCUAUCUUUGCAAAACCUUUAAGGGCACUCUCAUUUACAAUGCAAAUCGGGAAUAUUGACGCAGUUACAUAUUGCUUAGGUCUUCCAGAUACAUUUUUAACCUUUAAUGAAGAAUUAUUCAGGCUUCUUCAGGAAGUUAUCGUUUUGGCAGAUGCUGAAGAUGAGUCGUUAUCAACCAUUCAAAGAGCAACAGAAUACGGAACAUCAGAACAACUAGUUAAAUUAAGAAUAGCAUGCAUUAAGUUACUUACGUUAGCCUUGAAAAAUGAAGAGUUUGCAACAGCACAACAGGGUAAUAUUAGAAUAAGAAUAUUAGCAGUUUUCUUCAAGACAAUGCUUAAGACAUCGCCUGAAAUUAUUGACACCACAUAUGAGGCUUUAAAAGAGGCACUUGCAGAAAAUUCGAGACUUCCAAAGGAAUUGUUACAAAAUGGUUUGAAACCAAUGUUGAUGAAUUUAUCUGACCACCAGAAACUCACAGAAUCUGGACUAUACGCGUUAUCAAAACUACUAGAACUUUUAAUUGCCUACUUUAAGGUCGAAAUCGGUAAAAAGUUACUGGACCAUUUAGGAGCGUGGUGUACAUUUGAGGUUCUUGAUAAUAUUUUUGGCCUUGAUAUAAUAAAUCAAACUCCAACAAAAAUCAUAUCUAGUAUCAUAAACAUCUUCCAUCUUCUCCCACCAAGGGCAGAUAUGUUUUUGAACGAUCUUAUGGUUAAAGUGUUAUUUUUGGAGAGAAAACUGAGAUGCCAUUUAGAUUCACCUUUCAGAACUCCUUUAGCAAAGUACCUCAAUAGAUUCCAUACUAAUGUUAUUGAAUAUUUUAAACGUAACUUGGCUCCAAGACAGCUAACAUUAUUCAUGUGCAGCAUUAUCAAAAGACCCGAGGCAAAAGAUUUAGCCACUGACUUUGAAAAUGAAAUGUUAAACUUUUACAAUUAUUAUAUUGAAAAUAUACCGUCCAAUGAAGUAAGAGUUGUCAGCUUUUUUGCUAAUAUGGUGGAUUUAUUCAACACAAUGAUCCAGAUUAAGGGAAUAGAAUGGUUAAGGGGCCAAGAAGAUAUGAUUUUAAAGUUACAGUCCAUGCUUACUCUCACAUUAGAUCUUAUUAAGAAAAAAUCCUUCUAUAUCGAUGGAUUACAAUUGAGUCAAGCAAUUGAAAAGUAUGAAAAUAUUCAUCUCGAAUAUAUUAAAUUUCAUCCUGAAAAAAGUACACUAUUAUUUGAAUUUAUUCAAUAUACCUAUACCAAAGAUAUUUCAAUUUCAAACCAAAUCGAAGAUUAUAUAUUUUCUCAGAUUGUUAAGAAUGACGAUGCGGAAUAUCAAGCCUCUAGUAUUCAAGACGCCCUGACAUUUGCUUUAGACAGUAAUAACUUAAAAACUCGCGUAUUUUUGUUUAAAAAAGUUAUUAACGCUAGUUUAAUAUUUGAUGCUGUGACAUACGGCUCAUUGGAUAGGUUGAUAGGUAAUAACAGUAGCUCCAAGCUAGUGGAAGAUGUUGCAUUGCAUGUUUGGAAAAGUAAAAAUGAAGGUUUACUUUCGAAUAUUGCUGGUGAACUAGACGGUUUCAGGUUUGAAUUACUUCAAUUAUCAUCUAUAUUUAUGAAAUGGAAACCAACAGCAUUGGAUGAAUACAAAAAAGACUUUAUCAAAUUCAAUUGGCAUUUUAUUAAAUUGGAGGAUACACUUUUGAAACAAGCUGCGUAUUUAACAACCUCUUUUAUUAUCAAGGAAUAUGAUUUCCCAUUGAAUGUCGUGGUUCAGAUAUUUGUCGCGCUAUUAAGAAGUCCUCAGACAGAAGCCCGUUUCCUUGUUAGUCAAUCAUUAGAUUUGUUAGCUCCAGUGGUCCACAAUAAAACAAUCGAGACAGACACGCCAAAUGACUGGGUAAGCUGGGUUAAAAGAGUGAUGUUCGAAAACUCCUCAAACCAGAACAGCACCUUAUAUCAGUUUGUGAUUAAUCAUCCUGAUCUAUUUUUCGAGUCACGCCACCUAUUUAUUUCAAACAUUGUCCACCGUAUGAACAAAGUUACAUUUAUGCAUAAUGUUAACCCUGAUACUCAAAUAUUAUCUAUUGACCUUGCCUCACUUAUAUUGAAAUGGGAGGAAAUGGAUUUGGCUAUAAAUAAGAAGUCUAGUGUGGAUGCCGAUGGUGACAUUGACAUGGACACUAGCACUGUUGCAGAAAGUGUGAGUACGACGGCAGCACCGGCAGUACCAAGAAGUUCUAUUUCGCUGAAUCUACGGGAGACUUGCAUAUCUUUCCUAAUACGUUAUAUCUGUGCAAGUGACCAUAGAGCCAUUGAUAAUGAACUUGGUGUAAGAGCAAUCAAUAUUCUUUCAACAUUGUUAUCUGAAAACUACUGGUCCGAUGUAAAUGUAAAAUUAUCCUAUUUUGAAAAGUACUUAUCAAAUAUAGACUCAGGUGCAGAAAAUACCGUGUACUAUUGUAUUAAUACACUGGACGUUCUAUACAUUUUUUUUAACAAUAAACCAAAUGCGUGGGUUAUAGAAAAUUUAACGACAAUUCAAUCGCUCCUAGACAAAUCAAUUAAGACAAAUCAUCAUGACAUUCAAGAGACAUUGGUCAAGGUACUUAACACCAUAUUAAAAACAAUUAAGACGGAAAAUACAUUAUUAAAUUCAGAGGAGGAGAACCCAUCAUCAGAGUUCAUAAAAUAUUUAGUAUCCGUGAUCAAUCAAGAUUUACAAGGUGCAUCAUCGAUAGCAGCCGGGGUAACGCUUGCAUGGACACUAUUCGUAAAUUUCCCAGAGCAUGUGGAUUCACUGUUGAAUUCACUCAUGAAAUCAUUCAACAAGCUUUGUAAGGACCACCUAAGUACUUCUCAACCAAAGGAUGCUGUUACAAUGGAAGAAGCCAAAAUAACUACAAAAUUACUUGAGAAAUUACUGUGUUUACUGUCAAUGAAAAUUGCUUCUUUAGGAGAUACUCGCCGGCCCUUCUUGUCUACGAUUGCACUACUUAUCGACCGUUCGAUGGAUCAACGUUUCCUAAAGAAGAUAGUAUGUUUAUCCCGGACAUGGGUUUUCAACAACGAGGUAUUCCCUACAAUUAAAGAAAAAGCUGCUAUAUUAACAAAAAUGUUGGCUUUCGAAGUGAGAGGAGAACCUUCUCUUUCUGCUUUGGUAUAUGAGAUCGUUCUAGAACUAUUUGAAAACAAGCAAUUUAACAAUACUGAAAUUACUGUAAGAAUGGAACAGCCUUUCCUUGUUGGUACCAAGACUCAAAAUAUCGAAAUUAGACGAAAAUUUAUGAAAAUUUUGGAAGGGAGUCUGGAAAAGGAUGUAAAGGAACGUCUUUAUUAUGUUAUCCGAGAUCAAAAUUGGGAGUUUAUAGCUGACUACCCUUGGUUAAAUCAAGCGCUACAAUUAUUAUAUGGUGCAUUUGACGAAACUCACAACUUGACUUUGAUUGACACCUUUGAAAUAUCAUCACCAAAACAGCUGCACGAAUUUCUUCCAGAAGAUACCAAACCUACUGAUUUUACAGAUCCAAGUGACGCUGAUUCAAAAUUAAUCAACUUUAUUAACGAGCACACCUCUGCAUUGAAGAAAUUAUGCGAUGUUUCUGCUGGCGACAUAUUUAGACCAAUGAUCGAAUUAUUCUACGAAGAUCCAAAUUCUAUUCAGAAAGCUUGGGUAAACAUAUUCCCGCAGAUUUAUAAGUGCAUUCCACGAAAUGAGCAAUACGGAUUUGUUCGCUCAUUAAUAACUUUACUUUCGAAACCUUACCAUUCUAGACAAAUGUUUAACAAACCAAACGUUAUUUCAAUAUUGCUUGCUUCAAUUAGCGAUAUCGAAAGCUUAGAAAUUCCACCACACCUUGUUAAAUACCUGGCAAUGUCCUAUAAUUCAUGGUACCAGUCUUUGAAAAUUUUAGAAUCCAUCCAGGAGAAUAAUUCUAUCGAUAACUCAAAGAUUAUAGAGGCCAAUAAUGACGCAUUACUAGAACUAUACCACAAUCUUCAAGAAGAUGAUAUGUUCUAUGGUUUGUGGAGAAGACGUGCUAAAUAUAACGAAACUAAUGUUGCAUUGUCGUAUGAACAGAUUGGCCUAUGGGAUAAAGCUGAGCAACUCUAUGAAGUCGCACAAGUGAAGGCACGUAGUGGUGCUCUACCUUACUCUGAAUCGGAAUAUGCAUUAUGGGAGGACAACUGGAUUUUGUGUGCUGAAAAAUUACAACAAUGGGAUAUACUAACAGAACUGGCUAAACAUGAAGGAUUUACUGAUUUAUUAUUAGAGUGUGGUUGGAGAGUUGCCGAUUGGAAAUCUGAUAGAGAAGCACUGGAACAAUCUGUAAAAAGUGUAAUGGAUGUUCCAACUCCAAGAAGACAAAUGUUCGAAACUUUCUUAGCAUUACAGAAUUUUGCCGAUACUGGAAAGGGUGAUCAAGAUAUUAGAAGAUUAUGCGACGAAGGGAUUCAAUUAAGUUUACACAAAUGGGUGUCGCUUCCUGAUCGUUAUACAAACGCUCAUAAAUGGUUACUACAUGGUUUCCAACAAUAUUUGGAAUUUUUAGAGGCAACUCAUGUUUACACUAUUCUUCAUUCCACCACUGCUCAAAAUAUUGAUUCUAAGGCCCAAGAAGUGAAGCGUGUCUUCCAAGCAUGGAGGGAUCGUCUACCUAAUAUCUGGGAUGAUAUAGAUCUGUGGAAUGAUCUUGUAACGUGGAGACAACAUGUCUUCCAAGUUAUUAACAAUGCUUACUUACCAUUAAUCCCAUCACUGCAACAAAACAACAAUAACAACAUAAUAAACACACAUGCUUACAGAGGUUAUCAUGAGUUAGCCUGGAUAAUUAAUCGCUUUGCCCAUGUUGCGCGAAAGCAUGAUAUGCCAGAGGUAUGUAUAAGUCAACUGGCUAGAAUUUACACAUUACCAAAUAUCGAGAUCCAGGAAGCAUUUUUGAAAUUGCGCGAACAAGCUAAAUGUCACUACCAAAACAUGAAUGAAUUAACCACCGGUCUUGAUGUUAUCAGUAAUACAAACUUGGUUUACUUUGGUACCGGCCAAAAAGCAGAGUUCUUCACACUUAAAGGUAUGUUUUUAUCCAAAUUGCGGGCAUAUGAUGAAGCUAAUCAAGCAUUCGCAACCGCAGUUCAGAUUGAUUUGAAUUUGGCAAAAGCAUGGGCCCAAUGGGGUUACUUUAAUGAUAAUAGACUUUCAGAAGAACCUAACAAUAUUAGUUAUGCAAGCAAUGCUCUAAGUUGCUAUUUACAAGCUGCAGGUUUGUAUAAAAAUGAAAAAACAAGAAACCUUCUGUGUCGUAUCCUAUGGUUGAUAAGUAUUGAUGAUGCAUCCAAUUCAUUGACUAAUGCAUUUGAUUCCUUCAGAGGUGAGGUUCCAGUAUGGUAUUGGAUAACAUUUAUACCACAGCUUUUGACAUCGUUAUCACACAAGGAAGCCGGUAUGGUACGUCAAAUUCUAAUCAGAAUUGCAAAAAGUUAUCCUCAGGCGCUUCAUUUCCAAUUACGUACAACUCGUGAAGACUUUGCAGUUAUCCAAAGACGUACGAUGGCAGUUUUAGGCGAAAAAGGUGAAGCAAACAAUUUGCAAGAAAAUACAGCCCAACGUCAACCAUGGGAACACCUUCAAGAAUUAAGCAAUAUAUUAAAGACUGCGUAUCCAUUACUUGCUUUAUCACUAGAAUCCUUGGUAGCUCAAAUAAAUGAAAGAUUCAAAACGAGUCCUGAUGAAGACCUAUUCAGAUUGAUCAAUGUUUUAUUAAUUGACGGAACUUUCAACUAUGGACGUUUACCUUUACCUCGUGCCAAUUCACAGCUUCCAUCUAGUACAGAGACAAACCUAGUAAGGUUAUCCGAAACAUUAUUGGAUCCACAUAUUAGGCCAAAGUUCAAUGCUGAUUUUAUUGAUAGUAAACCAGAUUUUGAAACAUAUAUCAAGAGAUUACGCUAUUGGCGCAGAAGAUUAGAAAAUAAAUUAGAUAGGACGCCUAAAAUUGAAUACCUAGAAAGGGUAUGCCCCAACUUGAGUAGUUUCCAUCAUCAGAAGUUUGAAGAUAUCGAAAUACCAGGGCAGUAUUUAUUAAACCACGAGAGUAACGUCCAUUUUAUUAAAAUUUCAAAAUUUUUACCUACAGUUGAUUUCGUACGCAGUACAUUAGUCUCAUAUAGGAGAAUCAAUAUACGUGGUCAUGAUGGUAGUAUCCAUUCAUUCGCGGUUCAAUCACCAGCUGCUAGACACUCAAGACGGGAGGAAAGAAUGUUCCAGUUGUAUAGGUUGUUGAAUAAACUACUUGAUAAGAAUGUACAAUCAAGACGCCGGAAUUUAAAGUUUACAUUACCUAUAGCAAUUCCCUUGUCACCACAGGUCCGAAUUAUGAAUGAUAAGUCAUCAUACGUGACAUUACACCAAAUGUACGAUGAAUACUGUAUGAGAGCUAACAUCAAUCCUGAUGAAAUCCAGCAGUUUGUGAACGACCAACUAAAUAUCGCACAUGAUAAGUCAUUACCACCUCCUGAUAUUACACUUGUUAAGAUGGAGAUAUUUAGCUCCAUUCAUUCAAUGUUUUUACCUACGACUGUUCUAAAGGACAGCUUCUGUGCACUAUACCCAGAGUUUGAGGAUUUCUGGCUCUUACGCAAACAAUUUACCUCCAGUUAUGGUACGGUCACAUUUAUGACUUAUAUGAUGAUGAUCAAUAACCGUACACCAAGCAAAAUAUUUGUUGACAAGCAAUCUGGUGAUGUGUUUACUUUGGAAAUGUUACCAUCGAGAUACCCAUUCGAGAGAAUUAAACCACUAUUCAAAAAUUUAGAAUUGAACUUACCUCCUGAUGCUCCAAUUUUCCACAAUAACGAGCCGGUACCUUUCAGAUUAACACCUAAUAUUCAGAAAUUAAUUGGGGAUUCUGCACUUGAAGGUAUUUUUGCAGUUGAUAUAUUUACGAUUUCAAGAGCGUUAUUAGAACCAGAAAACGAACUAAACAGUUACUUGACUUUAUUUAUCCGUGAUGAAAUUAUUUCAUGGUACAGUAAUAUGCACAGACCAAUAGUUGAAAACCCUCAAUUACGUGAAAUGAUACAAUCCAACGUCGAUUUGAUAAUUAAAAGAGUUUCUCAACUUGGCCACUUAAGCUCAACUCCAACAGUUACAACCCAAUAUGUUCUAGAUUGUAUCAGCGCAGCCGUGAACCCUAGAAACUUAGCCGGUACAAAUAUUAGUUACAUGGCCUGGUUUUAA